UUAUUUGGCACGGGGGGAACCGCGGCCCGACACCCGGCACCGAGCGGGGACGAGGGGGGAGAACAGGAGGAAAGGGAGGAGCGAGGAGAACCGGGGGAGAAACCGGCGGGGAGCGGCGGGACCGACCUGCACUGCGGUCACUUUCAGCCUCUUGGUGCAGACAGGACCCCCCCCCCCGUGGGACCCAUGAACCCCACUGACAGAGCCUCACAAUGACAGAGGAAGCAUGCAGGACACGGAGUCAGAAACGAGCCUUAGAACGCGAGGUACCGCAUAACGAUGUGGACAGCAAGAAACUAAAAAUGGAGAAAGGACUGUUAGGAACUGAACUAAGUGCUGAAGGAGACAUGAAAAUCAAAACAGAUCCCGGAGCUGGAAAAGUGCAAGGACUGUUAAAAAGCGGAGAGGUGAAAGCAACCAUUAAAGUGGAGGUUCAGACGGGAGAUGAGCCCGUGGAUAUGAGUACUUCCAAAAGUGAAAUAAAGAGAGAGAAGCGGGUCCCCUCCCCGGAUGUCAUCGUGCUGUCAGACAACGAACCUUCUAGCCCUAGAAUGAAUGGUUUAACAAAAAUAGCAUUAAAAGAGACCAACACAGAGGCACUCAUGAAAAGCAGUCCUGAGGAACGUGAGAGAAUGAUCAAACAACUGAAAGAAGAGCUACGGUUAGAGGAAGCAAAGCUUGUCCUAUUGAAAAAGCUACGGCAGAGUCAAAUCCAGAAGGAGACCACUACUCAAAAGCCUGCCUGUUCCUCUGGGAGUGCUGUGGCCACCCCUCCGCCCUUGGUGCGGGGCACGCAGAGUGUUCCUGCUGGCAAGCCAUCCCUGCAGACCUCUUCUACACGUAUACCGGGCACUGUUAUUCCUCCUCCAUUGGUUCGUGGUGGGCAGCAGACCUCUGCAAAGUUAGGAACCCAGCAAAACACGCAGAUAGUAAUGCCACCUCUUGUCAGAGGAGCGCAGCAAAUCCACAACAUCCGACAGCACUCCAGCACGGGGCCACCUCCUCUGCUGCUGGCACCACGGGCAUCAGUCCCCAGCGUGCAAAUACAGGGGCAGAGAAUCAUCCAGCAGGGCUUGAUCCGUGUGGCCAACGUCCCCAAUACCAGCCUGAUCGUCAACAUCCCGCAGGCUUCUCCAACUUCAAUCAAAGGUACAACAGUGACAUCAGCUCAGGCCAAUGCAACCAACACCAGUGCUGCUUCCAUUGUCAGCUCCAAUGAGUCACCCGCCAGCCGGCAGGCUGCAGCCAAGCUGGCACUGAGGAAGCAGCUGGAGAAGACACUGCUGGAGAUCCCUCCUCCAAAGCCACCAGCUCCAGAGAUGAACUUCCUGCCCAGCGCAGCUAAUAAUGAAUUUAUUUACCUAGUUGGAUUGGAAGAAGUUGUGCAGAAUUUGCUGGAAACUCAAGGUAAAGUUUCCAUUCCCGUUUCAUCUCGUGAGCCCUACAUGUGUGCUCAGUGUAAGACUGACUUCACCUGCCGCUGGAGGGAGGAGAAGAAUGGAACCAUUAUGUGUGAAACCUGUAUGACGUCCAAUCAGAAAAAGGCCUUGAAAGCAGAGCACACCAACAGGCUGAAGGCUGCCUUCGUCAAAGCUCUGCAGCAGGAGCAGGAGAUUGAGCAGAGGAUACUGCAACAGACUGCAUCUCCUGUACAGAGCAAGUCAGACCCCAUCGUGCAGCACCACUCGCUCAAGCAGACUUCUAGCCAGAUGUCUCGAGGCUCUGGAGCCCCGCGGGGAGUGUUGCAUGCAUUUAGCCAGUCACCCAAGUUGCAGAAUGCAUCAUCUGCAGCACUUGGGGGCAGGUCAGGUAAGCAUGCCGAGAGAACUGUCAGCAAGGGCAGCGCUGCCGCCUGGAAGAAGACUUCCAUCAACACAGGUGGGGCUCUACCCUUUGUUAACCCUAGUUUAGCUGUGCACAAGUCCUCCUCAGCAGUAGACCGCCAGCGUGAGUAUCUCCUGGAUAUGAUCCCCCCACGGUCCAUCCCACAGUCUGCCACGUGGAAAUAAUGCAGAGGAACGCCCGAGAGGAAGACUUUCCUGUUUCUGCCAUCCUUUUUAUACCACACGACAGUGGAAUCUGCUUUAAUCCCAGCUGGAUACGCCCCAGGCUUUAUAGGAUGCAAGAAGACCACUCCUCAUCCCAUCGAGUGCUGCUGUCCCUGCUAUGAGAAAUGACACCGUGUGGGUGGGAAAGACUCGAGCUCAUUUGGUGAUCAGAUUCUUGUGAUUGACUGAUAAUGAAGGCUGUCAGGGAAGGGGAAGAAUUCUUUAUUUUUUGGGCUUUAUAUAUAUUUUUAGUUUGGAUUUUCUUUGUCACCAGCACAAGAGGAGAGGGACUGAGUGACUCUCUGCCUUCGGUUUCUUUGUCAAGGACCCUCACCAGGAACCACAGAGCAUGGAUGGCAGCUUGGGGGAGAGCAGCUUCCACCGGUCCUGCAGAUGCAUUUAGUGAGCCGAGUUCAUGUUUGCUUUUCUUCCCUGCCCCUCCUCAGCCAGGAAGGCAGUCUGCAGAUGAUAAUGUUUCCGAAUCCGCUGAUGAUGAGCUAAUGAUAAAUGAGCGCAAACUGAAAUUCCACUUGAGUCUGUUGUUUUCUAAGGGACUGGCUACCACCAAAACUUGGCUGGUGGGUGGGACCCGGUGCAGGAGCCUCUCACUUAUGUUGGAUUCAGUUUUGAAUAGACUUGGAACUGUUGGUAGUCUAAAAAGAAAAAACCUAAUUUACUGCAUAGACAAAACACCUUUUGUUCGAUCUUUCUAAUUCAGUGAAGAGCAGUUUGGGCCUUUCAGACCUUCCCAGAGGACUUAAUGAGCGAAACUGGUUUGGAUUCUUCUUUUUUUUUUUCUUUUUGUUUUGUUGGAGGUUUAUCGUUGUUUGGAGCAAUUUUGAACUCCGAAUCCAGGAGCUGCAGAAGCUGCACUCAGUCAGAAAGGCGAGCAGAGGGAGCAGAAUGGAGGUGUGUGAUGGGGGGGGCAUGGCGUGUCUGGGGUUAACACUGUGCCCACUGCUCCCCCCCUUCCAGGCCCGCUCCCCGGCCGCUGCAGUAUUGCAUUUUGAUAGAGCUUUAGGUAACCCUGCUUUAAGGACAGGUUUCUACGUGGUUUUAAUAUAUUUUCGGGGAUUCCCACAGGUUUCAACCCAGAUCCCUCAGGUCCGGUUUGUCUCCUCGUCAUUUUUUCUCUCCUUCUUCCCUUUGCUUCUCCCAAAUUCACGUCCGAUUCGAGCGGCAGAAAGACAUGCCUUACUUACUUAACGUUGCAUAUCAGUGCUAGAAGUAGUGCUGAUGAGAAUUAUUUGCAAAAUUAUAUAUAUAUCUAUAUAUCUAUAUAUAAAAAAGGGGGGGAGGGGGGGUGUUACUGCUCAGCCUCUGUGCUGAAUCUUAUUUUUCUUAGCAGCUGCUGGUAGAUCUUCACUCUGAAGCAGUCACCGUGCAGGGCCGUCCCCCCCCACCCCAGAUCUAACUAUUGCAUAGUGGGAAAGAGAACUGGUCCAUUUUAACCCCCCCCCACCCUGUUCUGUUGUGUGAAUGUCAAUAUUUAUGUACUUGGGAAACUGUUGGGUAGCCUAGAGAGCCUAGUUUUGCAAAAUGGUAUUUGUUGCUGUAUAAAGCCCUAGGAUUUCAACUUAACUUUGGUUCUUUUCUUCCCCCCCCUCCCCAUCCUUCCCUUUCCUCCUCUGUUUGUUUUAUAUAUUAAGAGCCAACCGGGCACGAGAGGAAUUCAUUGUGUCGGGUUCAUUUUGCUUUUCAUUCCGGGGUAUUUUGGGUUGGGAGAUGCGGAGAUGAGAGAAAGAAAUGGGGAGUGCAUUUUAUUUUUGCACUUGGAAAUAUUACAGAAUUGUUUUCAGUUCUUUA